GAAUGUAGCCAUCUUAGAGCGCUCUCUCUCCACGGCCUACCUAGGCGUUUCUCUCUUCACAUCGCCAGUGUAAAGUUCACCGUGCUGGAUUAAAGAUCUUGUCAUCUUCAGCAAAGCGAGUCAGAAAGCUGCAACACAGAAGAGUCUAUUAUAGGAGAGAAGUUUUCCUCCGAUGGCAUCCAGACUAUUGGAGAGGAUAAACAUGAUGUGCUGCUAGUGACGCAGAGAACAACAUGGGCAGACACUAACAAAUCGUCACGCUAGGGGUGCAGUCUUGGUUCGUUAUGACAAGUGGCUGUGUGGAAGAUGUCCACCCUUUCUACGACUGAUAUCACUGAUGUUGGUCAUGGGGACUCUCUGUGCUGUGCCAGCGAAGAGGGCCCUUCAGCAGCGACCGCAGUAGUGAAACAGGAGACUCUCAGUCAGACGGCCUCAUACGGCACCUCACACAAUGAGCUGAACGACACGCUGCUCAUGGAGCCCAGCGACAUCAAGAUGUACCCCACAGAGGACACACCUGCACGAGAGGGUCAGCCAGUCAAGAGAAAGAAAGGCCCUGCUCCCAAGAUGUUGGGGAAUGAGGUGUGUAGCGUAUGUGGAGACAAAGCAUCUGGCUUUCAUUACAAUGUGCUGAGCUGUGAGGGCUGUAAAGGUUUCUUCAGACGCAGCGUCAUCAAAGGAGCGCAAUACACCUGCAAAAAUUCGGGCCGCUGCGAGAUGGACAUGUACAUGCGCCGCAAGUGUCAGCAGUGCCGUCUGCGCAAGUGCAGGGAGGCCGGCAUGCUGGAGCAAUGUGUGCUGUCAGAAGAGCAGAUCCGACUAAAAAAGAUGAAAAAACAGGAAGACGGGACGGCACGUACCUCUGCAGUGUCAGUACCCAGCCCUGCUCCUGAGAUGCCCCCUCUGGCUCCUGAACAGCAGGAGAUGAUCGAAAAACUGGUGGCCAUGCAGAAACAGUGCAACAAACGCUCUUUUCUCGACCGGCCCAAAGUCACUCCUUGGCCACUAAAUCAGGACCCACUUAACCGAGAGGUUCGACAGCAACGGUUUGCUCAUUUCACUGAGCUGGCCAUCAUGUCUGUGCAGGAGAUUGUAGACUUUGCUAAACAGCUGCCUGGCUUCCUGGAGCUCACCCGAGAGGACCAGAUCGCCCUGCUGAAGACCUCAACUAUAGAGAUCAUGCUGCUAGAGACUUCCAGACGUUAUAACCCAGCGAUAGAGAGCAUCACCUUUCUCAAAGACUUCAGUUAUAAUAAGGAAGAUUUUGCCAAAGCAGGGCUGCAGUUGGAGUUCAUCAACCCCAUCUUUGAGUUUUCAAAAGGCAUGAAUGACCUCCACCUGGAUGAGGCAGAGUACGCUUUGCUCAUCGCUAUCAACAUUUUCUCAGCAGACCGACCGAACGUGCAGGAUCACGAGUUAGUGGAAAGACUACAGCAGCCAUAUGUGGACGCUCUCCACUCUUACAUCCGAAUAAAACGACCCAACGUGAGUAUGAUUCACCUUAGAGGCCAAACAUAA